AUGAAGAGCGGGAGAAUGAAAGAUGUACUGGAUAAAUCUGCCCAUCGAACGAUAUUACGGGAGUUGAUUGAAGGCGAUCUGCCACUCUCCGAGAAGGAUUCACUGCGACUAGUGGGCGAGGCCUCAGUCGUCGUUGCAGCUGGCGUCACAACUACUAGCUGGGCAUUGUCUACCGCAGUAUUUCACAUCAUCCAUACUCCGUCUACCCUCCAGAUAUUGCGGGACGAGUUGAAGGCUGCUACUCCAAAUUCCAAUGGGAAACUCAGCUGGACUGAGCUCGAAAAGCUACCAUAUCUCGGUGGUUGCGUGCGAGAAGGGGUACGCAUGUCCUACGGGGUAACGGCGAGGCAUCCAAGGCUCUUGUCGAAGCCACUAGCAUACAAAAGCUGGGUCAUCCCUCCAAGGACCCCUGUAAGCAUGACGAAUGUUGAUAUCUGUGACGACAAAGAGAUAUUCCCAGAACCUAGGAUGUUCCGACCUGAGAGGUGGAUCGGCAGUCCAAUGGCACCGAAUGGACAAAGCCUUGAAAGAUACUAUAUCGGUUUUGGCAAGGGAACACGAAGCUGCCUCGGCAUCAAUCUUGCACAGGCCGAGCUCCAUAUGACGCUUGCGGAUCUGUUUCGGGACUUUGACUUCGAGCUUUAUGGUACAGAUAUCAGCGAUGUACAGUUCGCGCACGAUUUCUUUACGCCAGCCCCACGACUCGACUCAAAGGGCGUCAGGGUCAAGGUCAAGCCAGCGUAG